AUGGCACCCACCGUCAUAGCAGACGAGAGCGUCUCCAACGUCCUCCGCUACCUGAAAGUCCUUCACCGCCACAUCUGCCACACCCCAAUCACCUACGACCCCUCCCCCCCCUCCCCCCCUCCACCUCCCUACUCCCACUCCCCUCCCGACCCUCCCCUGACAGUCCCCGACCCGAAAAUCAUCCUCAAGACGUACGACCAGCUAGACGAAUGGUACGAGACACUUAUCCACGUAGCCUGCCUCCUCAACCUUGCCCCCUUGUUCCUCGACCCACCCGACUUUUUCACGGGGCACACCGACAAGAUGACUUGGGAUGACGAGAGGAUGAACAACCAGACCGAGUUUGCGGGUUGUUACGAUGACGAUGGCGGGCAGACAUAUUUGCUUACUAUUCUUAAGAAACCGGAGUACCCCGUGAUAUGGGAGCGUUUUCCCGGCGUGUUUCUGCAUCGGUUGACGGUGUUGGAGGAAGAGAGUCUGAUUGAGAGGGUUGAGAGGGAUGAUGAGCGGGGUAUAUGGGGGUUUUUGGGGCAGGGGAAUGGGAGUAGGUAUACUAUUGUUUGGAAGGAGGCGCCGAGUAGGGAGAGGGAGAGGAGGUUGGGGUGGGAUAAGCUGGAGCGGGAGGAGAAGAGGGAGUGGGAGGGGGUGGUUUGGGCGUUGGGGUUGAUGAGGGCUUGGUUGGGGGGGGCGAUUGAUAGGGGGUUGUUGAGGAAGGUGAUGGAUCCGGAUGAGGGGGUGGUUUUUGAAGUUAGGAAGAGGGGGGGGAGGAGGAGGGAUGAUGAUGUGGGGGAUUGGGGGGAGGCGGGGGGAUUGAGGAAGUUGGUCAUGGGGUGUAUGAGGGUGUUGGAGGUGGAGGAGGAUGAGAGAUGGAAGGUUGAGGAGGAGAGGGAGGAGGAGGAGGAGGAGGAGGAGGAGGAGGAGGAGGAGAAGGAGGAGAAUGAGGAGAAUGAGGAGGAAAGGAGAAGGGAAAUUAGGGAGAAGAAGAGGAAGGCGGUGGAUUGA